AUGUGCGUCGUGUGCUUCGUGAAGGCGCUGGUGCACGUGUUCAAGCUGUACCUGGCCGCCAGCUGCAGCUACGGCCUCUGCGGCCCGCCCGUGGACUUGCGCUGGGACGCGGUGCGCGCGGGCGGGGGCGCGGGCGCGGGCGCGGGCGCGGGCGGGGGGCGGCGGGCGCUGACGUGCGCGGCGGCCGCGGCGGGCGUGUGGCUGGUGCGCGGCGCGGCGCGGGGCGGGGAGGCGGCGGGGCGGCCGCGGGGCGGGGCGCGGGGCCCGGCGCUGUGCCUCCUGCUGCAGCUGCGCGAGCUCCCGGGGCAGCUGGCCAGCUACGCGCUGGCGCACUCGCUGGGCCGCUGGCUCGUGUACCCGGGCUCCGUGUCCCUGAUGGCGCGCGCGCUGCUGCCGCUGCUGCAGCGGGGCCAGGAGCGCCUGGUGGAGCGCUACGGCGGCCUGCGCGCCAAGCUGGCGGCCCGCGACGGCGACGAGAUCGACGCGGUGUUCAUGGACCGGCGGCCGCACCCGGGCCGCGGCGGCCGCGGCCUGCGCCUCGUCAUCUGCUGCGAGGGCAACGCCGGCUUCUAUGAGAUGGGCUGCCUGUGGGCGCCGCUGGAGGCCGGCUACUCGGUGCUGGGCUGGCACCACGCGCGCCGCGGCGGCGGCUCGGGCGCGCCGUCCCCCGGGCAGGACGCCAACGCGGUGGACGUGGUGGUCAGGUUCGCGCUGCAGCGCCUGCGCUUCCCGGCCGCGCACGUGGUGCUCUACGGCUGGUCCGUGGGCGCCUUCGCCGCCGCCGGGGCCGCCGUGACCCACCCGGAGCUGGGCGCGCUCGUGCUCGACGCCAGCUUCGACGACCUGGUGCCGCUGGCGCGCAAGGUCAUGCCGCACAGCUGGAAGGGGCUCGUGGUGCGCACCGUGCGCGAGCACUUCCACCUCGACGUGGCCGCGCCGCUGUGCCGCUACCCGGGCCCGGUGCUGCUGCUGCGGCGCUCGCGGGACGACGCGGCGGGCACCCCGGGGCCCCCGCGCCCCCUGCCGGCCGGCGGCGUGGAGGGCAACCGCGGCGACCAGCUGCUCCUGCGGCUGCUGCGCCACCGCUACCCGGCGCUGAUGGCGCGCGAGGGCCUGGCCGCCGUGACGCGCUGGCUGCGGGCCGGGAGCCCCGCGCGGGAGGCCGCCCUGGACGCGCGCGCGCGCGCGGACGACGAGCGGUGCCUGGCGCUGCUGCGCUCCUACCGCGCGCGCCGCGAGGCCGAGCAGCCGGACGCCGGGGCCUGCGGGCCGCACGGGCCGCCCUUCCCGUGGCGGCUGGGCCGGGGCCUGAGCGCGCGCCGCCGCCGCCAGCUCGCGCUCUUCCUGGCGCGCAGACACCUCAGGACGGUGGACGCCACGCACUGCAGUCCGCUGGAGCCGGAGGACUUCCAGCUGCCCUGGAGGCUGUAG